CCCCCGCCACCGCCCGCGCCGCCACCACCACCCCCGGGCGCACUGGAUGCCCUGUCGCUCAGCAGCAGCCUGGAUAGCGGACUCCGAACCCCUCAGUGCCGGAUCUGCUUCCAGGGCCCAGAGCAGGGGGAGCUCCUGAGCCCCUGCCGCUGUGACGGAUCGGUGCGCUGCACUCACCAGCCCUGCCUCAUCCGCUGGAUCAGUGAGAGGGGCUCCUGGAGCUGUGAACUCUGCUACUUCAAGUACCAGGUCCUGGCCAUCAGCACCAAGAACCCAUUGCAGUGGCAGGCCAUCUCCCUGACAGUCAUCGAGAAAGUCCAGAUUGCAGCCAUAGUUCUGGGCUCGCUCUUCCUCGUCGCCAGCAUCUCCUGGCUUAUCUGGUCCUCACUCAGCCCUUCAGCCAAGUGGCAACGACAAGAUCUGCUCUUUCAGAUCUGUUACGGCAUGUACGGCUUCAUGGAUGUUGUCUGCAUAGGCCUCAUCGUUCAUGAAGGAUCUUCUGUCUACCGAAUCUUCAAGCGCUGGCAGGCAGUGAACCAGCAGUGGAAGGUGCUGAAUUAUGACAAGACAAAAGACAUAGGAGGAGAUGCAGGGGGAGGGACAGCAGGGAAGCCAGGCCCUAGGACCUCACGGACGGGCCCCCCCACUGGGGCUACCAGCCGUCCCCCAGCUGCCCAGCGCAUGCGGACGCUCUUGCCUCAGCGCUGUGGUUAUACAAUCCUGCACCUCCUUGGACAGCUGCGGCCACCAGAUGCCCGUUCCAGCUCCCAUUCUGGUCGAGAAGUUGUCAUGAGGGUCACCACCGUCUGAUCUGGAUUCCAAAAGCAGGGAUCUUAAGUCAAUGCAUCAGCCAGACACAAGCUCUCAUGGCUGCUGGAGGAACCACCUGGACAAGGUGUUUGGGGCAGUGGCCCCCACCACUGAGGAUCUCUGUGGGCAGCCUCAGGCUGGAGACAUUGUCUGUUCUCUACUGCCCACUGAGUAGACACCUGGAUGACAUUCUAGCCACCAUUGACAGCUCCUCAUACUCAUCCUGAGAUGGUCAGUGGGCAGGUGGGGAGAGCAGCUUUUCUUCCCUGGAAAGAACCAUCUUUACCUCAGCUCCUAGGGCCUCCAGCCCCCCCUCACCCCAGCUCCACCAUGGUGACUUGGCAAAGGGGGACCGAUGCCAGAAGAAAGGGGCUGUAGACCCCCAUUCCCCAUCCCAUGGCCACAGGGCAUCUGGCAAUAAGACUAGUAUACAUUGACCUCCCGUUCCCUGCAUGAGGGCGGGGGACUUCCCCCUGCUCCAUCCCCCAUUGCAUGGGGGAAGGGCAUAAAGAAUCAUUUAUAUGCACGUGGAGACUCCUUUCUCAUCUGGGGGUUUUCUGGAGGGCUGGGAGGCUUCUGUUCACAUGUUGCAAAUUCUAAAUGCAGCAGUGGGUUCUGAGUUGAAGUUGUGACUCCCACUUGCUAGAGAAUAAGUCACUUUGGCUGCUAGAUGGCAGUGCUCAAUGCUAUCUAAGGAGGGUAGACCUGCCACCUUUAAGUUGUGUGAUUUAGGAAAAAAUCUCUAAGCUAUAGUUUUCCUGUCUACCUCAUAGAGUUGGAAUGAGGAUAAACGAGGGACAGGUUGGACGCCAUUGAAAAGAAAAUCAACAAUGGCAUAAAUAUUUCUAGACUAGUUGAUGGUUCAUUUAUUUCAAAUAGUAACUGGUAUAACAAAUUCCAAAAUGUGUUUUUCAUCAGGAGUUGCACAGAACCUUGGAAUUUUGUUUUGAGUGAUAUAAUAGAUAUGGAAACAUGAUGGGUAAUAGACACUGCAAAUGUGAAGGAUGGUGGUUGUUUGUAAGAAUAAGAACUCCUUGGGCCAAGGAUGUAGUUCAGGGAUAUGGCAUUUGCUUGAGAACUCUUCAGACCCUCUCUCUCUGAACAUUAGAGCCUGGUGGUGGGGAAAGGUUGGAGAUGUCCAUCUUAUUCUGGAGGUCAUCUGAAUUCUAUUCUUCUCAGGUACUGUGCUUCCUCAGAAAAGUGGUAUGAAGUGAAUAUGGACCCAUGGAAGGAGUCCCCCUGACCUAUUUUGAUGGCAGUUCAGGAUCACAGGUCUGAUCCUGGUUUGCCCAGUUAGUAGUAUUAAGUGGAAAGUAUUGUUCUUGGAGGCAGAAGCAUAGAGAAGGCUCUAUGGGAAAUUUGGGUUACAUCCCCAGCACUGAAAAAGAAAAUGGGUCAAUCCAAAGCCUGGUACCUUUCUCCUGAGGCCUGGGGAUUGUGUAUUAUAUGAAUGAUGGUGUCUUUCAAGUGAACCAUUCAUCAACAUUAAAAUAAUUCCUUCUUA